CCAGGAGGUCUUCAGAACGGGUGAUCGCUGUCAACGACAUCAUCAGCUGUCCGUCGCUUAGACCAGUUUAGGUCACAUCUGUUGUCCGGCUUUUCGCAGGUUCCGAUGGCCGCAGCUCCUGCCUGUGUUCACUCAAGCAUGAAGAUCCUUCCUUUGGUCCUGGUGGCUGUAGCGGCGGUUCUUUCUGUGCCCGGCAAAGCCACUUCAGCGCAGGGCGACCCUCUCAGGGGAAGUGCUUUCAGGGACUACCGCGGAGACAACGUUGAGAACGAGGACAAUGUUCCUGCUAGCCAACUCCACUCCAUCCUUGCAGGUCGGGAGGUGGACGGACUGGCACCCUUCCCGCGCAAGACGAGAAGCGGUCUGGACUCCCUCUCUGGAGUUACUUUCGGCUGGAAUAAGCGCCUGGACUCGCUCAGAGGAAUUACUUUCGGUAAUCAGAAGAGAAAUUUCGACGAAAUCGAUCGUUCAGGUUUCAACAGCUUUGUUAAAAAGAACUUCGACGAGAUCGACCGGUCUGGAUUCGACGGCUUCGUGAAGAAGAACUUCGACGAGAUCGACCGCGUGGGUUUCGGAAGCUUUGUCAAGAGGAACGCGCCCUUCCUCCUUGCUCGCAGCUACGAGAAGGAGAACCACUAAGAACAAACAAACGCAACCAAGACAAUUCUGCUACCCGACUCGGGGCAGAUCGUAAAAUUAAAAGUAUUUUUAUGUAAAAAAUGUUCAAGCUUCUAUUUUAAAAAUCUGGACUCUAUCAUGCAAACUUAACAAACCAAUAUUGUGAAAACGUGUAAUAUAAAUCUGAUAUUUGAGGUAUAAGAACUCUACAAUUUACAUUUUCUUGAACAUGCAAACUAAAUGGGUGUGGGAAACACACAUUUGACACUCUAAAAUAAUUUCUUAAUUCGAUAAAAAAAUAAAUUUGUGGGCAGUGAAAUUUCGACAAAAACACAGCAUCCUAGCGUUCAACGUCUCGAGAAAAAUAACAUAUUUAAUCGACUACAACUGUCUCCAAACUAAAAAAAAAUUACGUGAUUAUAAUGUAAUAAAUUACUCUUGUUCAAAUAUUUAUAUCUGAAUCGUUAAGAAGGCAGUAUUUGGCUUCUUCUUAGACUUAAAACAGAGUACUAUCUUCGUGGGUCAUCGUCUCUACAGACCUACUUAAAUUAGAUAUAUUUCAACUCUCUCUGGCCUACAUAUGAUUCAAUUUCUACAUAAAAAUAUGUUGAAUCGAUUAAGCAUCCAGUGUACGGAUACAUCGUCAUACAAAUUUUUCAGGACGCGUGCUAUCGAAAUCCCACCCCAAUGCUUAAAAUCUUUUUACAUUAGUCAAUAAUCCGAAAAAAAAAAUAUUAGAAAUUUACUUCCCAAAAACUGUGUAUACCAUUUAUUCGUUAGGUUAUUUAAGUGGUAGGGCCUGUAUCAGGAUUGUUUGUCUCAAAAUAACUCUCACAGCAAGGUCCACUUUACGUAAAUUAAUAAGCAGUGAUUAGGUCCAGGUAGAUUGAAAACACGUAAUGAACUUCGGUUGAUGUAAUAUUGAAAUAAUUUUAUUAUACCCAAAUAAUAAAUCAAAAUUACAAGAGUUAUUUGAUUAAAGAUUCUACUUUUUCAAAAAUGUCUGAAUAAGUGUUUAUAAUGACACUCUAGUUACUGAAUGGAGGCUGAGGCUUAAACAUAUCAUCUUAUUCAAAAGAAUAAUACAAAAAAAAUCUCUGUCUCUCAUGCCGCGUAGAAUAUUAAAAUGGUUAUGUAAAUAAAUAUUAUAUAUGGAUCUGCAGCUAUGGAUUCCGAAUCGGCGUAACUGUUAAAAUUCCAAAUCUUUAUAUCAAAUGGUUGGUCCAAAUGUACAGUUCUGAUGCAGGAAUUCACCAUCUUUCUUUACACUGUAACAUACAUGUACCAAUUCUUUUUUGAAAAAAAAAAUAGAACACUGUGAUGUACUGUAUAGAGUAAACAAUAAAACAAAGUAUAAAUAUA